AUGCCCAAGAGAAGGCCUCUGAACGACGGGGCUCCUCCUCCAGACAGACCAGCGUCCAGACGGAAGACCCGACGGGGGGAGCAAGGAUCGUUGAGUUUCACUGGCAUGCAGGCGAACGAAGGAGGAAGGGCGAAGGCCUUGCCGCCAUCGGUGGAACAAGACGUCAAAGAGUCGUCAUCAGGCAGAGCACAUCCUGACUUGUCAAGCCACGAGCUCAAAGCGUGUGCAGGGUGGAGGAAGUUGAAGGAUAAAGUCAGCUCAAGGUAUCCCUCCUCCAUCACCGGCGAGCGUAAAGGAUGGACUUCAGGAUUGCAAGGCAGCAAGACGCACUUCAGCUCGAGCUCGGCGGCUGGAGGGAUCAGUCCGAGGAGAGGGUUUGUGAGCAGGAAGUGGCUGAGCCUCCUCAAGAAGAUGCCUGGGUCCCAGCAGCCUGUAAGAAUGCUGGAAGCUGAGGCGAACAAGGACAACGCACACCAGGCUCUGCUUUCUACAAUCCCGGGAACAAUUUGGAAUGCAGUGACUUACGCGCACACAGAGCAGGGACAGAAGAGCUGGAGGAUGGCAACGAGCAAAAAUUCAAAGACGGUGGAUUGGAUGACUGGAGAACGACGGGGAAUUAUGGGAGAGACUCCUUUGCACCUCGCCGUCUUGUUUAACUCCUCAAAGGAGCACAACAGGCUGAUGCAUCAGCUGUGGGACAAUUACCCCGAGCUGCGGACAGCAGUCUACGAGGGGAACCUAUACAAGGGUGAGAAUGUCCUACAUAUCGCCAUAGUGCGCAAGCUGGACAUGAGCAUCAUCAGGAAGUUUGUGGAGAGUGACGAAGGGAAAGUGCUACUGAACCAGCAGGCUGUUGGAAGCUUCUUCAAGGAUCCGAAGCUCUCCGAUGGCUGCUGCAACUACGGCGAGUUCCCCCUGGCCUUCGCUGCCUGCACCAACCAGAGGGGCGUGUUCGACUACUUGGUCUCGCAAGGAGCGUCGUUGGAGAUGAAGACGAGCGAAGGAUACAACCUCCUGCAUCUGAUGGUGCUACACUCCUCGAGGAGGACGGAGGGCACAGGGGAGUCCCAGCAGGAGUGGGGAGGGGAGUUUGAGGCAGGAGGACAGCAGGAGGAGGAGUCUAGCAGCUGGUGCUGUGACAUGUACGACCACAUCGAGGAGCUGAUGAGGAGGGAGGGGAUCUACGAGACGCUCAGCAAUCAGCGCUGCUAUCGCGAACAUCACACUCCCCUUUCCCUGUCCGCAGCCCGUGGGUCGCUCAAGAUCUUCAACCACCUGCUGGACAAGCUCAUGACGACCGAGUGGGUCUACGGGCCAGUGACCUGCAGAAGACUCUACCUCAAGGGGGUCGACGUGCCGCUGGAGGGACUGGAGGAGAAGGAACACCAAGAGGAGUUGAGCGUGUUAGAAGUGGUCGUCUCCUGCCAGCGACUUGACAUCCUCGAAAGCGGGGAGCUGAAGAAGGUGCUGGACCAGAAGUGGAAGAGGUACGCCAAGCAGAAGUUCCGGUCCAAGUUCUGGCUGGGCGUCGGCUUCGGGCUCCUCCUCAUGAUCCUCUCAACAACAGAACCCGGCUCCUCCUCCUCCUGGAACCUCUGGCUGACGUUCGUCGAGCUCCUCAGCGUCAUGCUCUACAUGGACAAGUUCGGGAGGGAGCUGACGAGGCUGCUGGGGCAGGGGAGGACGGCGUACUUCAACACCAACCGCGCUCACCUGUUCGAUCGCGUGUACGCGCUGCUAACGACUCCCAUUGCCAUGGUCAUCGUGUUUCUGCGAUGGAGGAAGUGCUUCUCAAGGGAGCCAGGGCACGUUCCCCUCUUCGUCCUAGGGCUGCACAUGCGUGCCAACUGCCGACAGUUCUCGUGGGAGCUGUCCUCCCAGCUGGAGAAGUUCCUGCUGAUCCUGCAGAGCAUCCUCUCAUCGCUGAACCUGUUCCGGGGCAUGAUGGGGUUCCCCGAGUACGGCCACUUUGUGCUUAUUAUCAUCCAGAUGCUCAAGCACGACACCCGCAAGUUCCUGAUCAUCUACUCCAUCUUCCUCAUCGGCUUCUCCCAGCUCCUCUACGUCAUGCUGGACCUGCAGAACUCCGGGCUGACCAACUUCUUCUCGUCCAUGAUGAUCGGGUUCAACGCGGCGCUGGAGCAGGUGGACCUUGACAUCGAGGGGUUGGAGCUGGUGCGGGACAAGACCAAGAGGAUGCACUUGUCGUAUGGGAACCGCAUCCUCAUCCUGUUCAUCGUCCUUCUCAACUUCUUCCUGGUGUCAAUCGUGCUCAUCAAUCUGCUCAUCGCCAUGAUGUCGUCGACGUACGAGGGUAUCAACCAGGGAGCGAAGACGCAGUGGAGCCUCGUGCGAGCAAGAAUUAUUACCAACCUGGUGAGUUUUCUCAGCUCGCGGAUGCCCCCAGCUCACCCGCAGCGGUACCGCAGGACAAGGAGAUGUCGGAGGCUGACCGGAGGAAUGCGAGCAACAUCUACUGGAUUGAGGAAGCCGACGCUUCCAGCAGCCACAGGAGAGUCAGGAAUUUCCAACUGA